CUCCUCUUCUCCGCCCCCCAUCUCGCCACUCUGCUACGCCCGUCAUUAUGUCUGCCAGCCCCGCCCCCCGAAAAUCGAAUAACGUCGCGACCUUCGCGGGUGCGGUGGGCGGUAGCGUCGGCUUGCUUGCGGUUCUUGCGCUCUCGCUCGCGAUCAGCAUAUACCGUCGGCGGGUGCGCGCGGCGCGCAGGGAUCGCCACUUUCGACAGACCCAAAAUGUCGACUUCGACGCCGAGUCGUUCCACACUGAGGCGUCCGAGGAUAGCCCGCCGAUGGCAGGGCCUGCACCGUUCGUCCCUCGCUACUUCCCUGGCACGGUCGUGCCCGCCCCCCCACCACCGUACUCGCCGCCCUCAGAGCAGACACAAGCACUGCUCGCAGGCGCAUCACCCAUCUCAUCACCGCUGUGGGCUCCCCCGCGGUUACCAGCCCCAGGCGAGGAUACCUCGUACGCGGACAGGCCGCCUCCCACGCCGCCUCCAUUGCCAGAAGACGGCUUCGAAGACUACUUCGCCUCGCCCUCCUUCCCGCAAUCCAUCUCCUCCCCUAUACCCGCGAUGCUGGCUGGCUACGCACCUGUUUCGACGUCUGCGCCGACGAGCGCAUCCCCCGUUCCCAGACAUGCGAACGGACCAGAGUCACGAGGGGUGUACGCGACGGCUACCCCACCGACACGACCGCGCGAGGACUCUGACAGCUGGUCGCAGCGGAGCGAUUGGUCCGACCGACCACCAUCGUUCGCAUCGCAGGCGCCGCCGCUGAUACCACUACCGCCGCCACAGCCGCAAGAAGGGAGCCAGGGCCAGGGAGACGGAGGGAUGGAAGGCGGCGCGCAGCGGCAGGAACAGCUGGUGGUGGAGGAACAGCAGCAGGAGCGGCAGCGGACAUCUGAUGAAGAUCGGAACUCUGUACGGUCUGCGCGGUCACGGUGAUACAUGACACUACGGUACUCGUUCGUUUAUUGGAGCCUCGCCGACUCUGGACAUCGGCGCACGUCCGCCGCCCAGCACACGGCCGCGGCAGCACACACUUACGCAUGAUCAUCACGGAUGUAUCUUAGUAGACCAGAGCCACGACCACAUCGCACGCAUCGACUUUCUUUAUUCGCAUAACAUGUAUGUACAGCUAGGGUCGCCGUGGGCGGUGGGCGCGCGCAGCCGGUGGGCGCGUGGGUGGUAUAGCAUUGCGUAUGUCAUCGCCGCGAUGCCCG